AUGACGGCCAGCAUCGGGGCCCCGCCCCCUCGGGCGCCGCCAUCUUGUUGUUGAUUCGAACGGCGGGGAGCGGGUGGCGGGGAGCGGAGCUGCGGUGCCGGUGGCUCGGUGUCGCCAGGCCCCGGCCGGGCAGGCAGGACCGGCCCCGGAGCAGCUCGCAGGAAGGAACUUUGCAAACCACGGUGUUACCAUGAAACCAACAUGGCUGACUUGCUUCUGGCGUCCUGCUCCCUCUUGAUUGUGAGAGAUUGGCUCCAUAUUCCGGUGACUGCUCAACAGAGAGAGCUUGGGUGACAUCUCUGAGUUCUUACCACAAGUGUUGACCAGAACACACUUAUUAAAAUUUGAAGAUCAUCGCAAGGAAGCAGAUUGCCAGGAUUUCCCCGCUGUGGCUGCCUGACUGCUGCUGAGCUACCCCUCCCAGCCCAUGUGGCUCUCCCCAUGCUCCAAGAGUGCAACUGGUGCCCAACGCAAUGUGUGUUUGUCAAACCAUGGAAGUGGGCAAGUAUGGCAAGAAUGCCACUCGAUCCGGAGACCGGGGGGUCCUUCUGGAGCCUUUCAUUCACCAGGUGGGCGGCCACAGCAGCAUGAUGCGCUACGAUGACCAUACUGUCUGCAAACCCCUCAUUACCAGAGAACAGCGCUUCUAUGAGUCUCUGCCCCCAGAAAUGAAGGAGUUCACACCUGAGUAUAAAGGUGUGGUAUCUGUCUGUUUUGAGGGAGACAGUGAUGGCUACAUUAACCUCGUGGCCUAUCCCUAUGUGGAGAACGAGGGUCUGGAGCAGGAUGAUAUGCCAGAGAGGGACCAGCCACGACGCAAGCACUCACGUCGGAGCCUUCACAGGUCAAGCAGCGUCACUGAGCAUAAGGAGGAAAAGCCUGGCCUGGCCAGUGACAGCACUGAAAGCAGCAUCCAGGAAACAAAGAGUCCCAGGGUGGACUUGCACAUCCAUUCAGAUGUCCCAUUUCAGAUGUUGGAUGGGAACAGCGGUCUGAGUUCUGAAAAGAUCAGCUAUAACCCCUGGAGCCUGCGCUGUCAUAAGCAGCAGCUGAGCCGGAUGCGGUCAGAAUCCAAGGACCGAAAACUCUACAAGUUCCUUUUGCUGGAGAACGUGGUACAUCACUUCAAGCUUCCCUGCGUACUUGAUCUGAAGAUGGGGACCAGACAGCACGGAGAUGAUGCAUCUGAGGAGAAGGCUGCUCGGCAGAUGAAGAAGUGUGAACAGAGCACUUCCGCCACCUUGGGUGUGCGCGUGUGUGGGAUGCAGGUCUAUCAGCUGGACACAGGGCAUUACUUAUGCAGGAAUAAAUACUAUGGACGCGGUCUUUCCAUCGAGGGCUUCCGCAACGCCCUCUACCAGUAUCUCCACAACGGCAUCGAGCUGCGCAAGGACCUCUUUGAGCCUAUCCUCGCCAAACUGCGAAGCCUGAAGGCGGUUUUGGAGAGACAGGCCUCCUACCGCUUCUACUCCAGCUCCCUCCUCAUCAUUUACGAUGGGAAGGACAGCAGGGCAGGGAUGUUUGUGGAGCGCCGGCCAGAGAUGCGCCUGAAGCGGGUGGACACCUCUCUCCCGGAGAGCCUUCAGGAUGGCAGCAGCAUGGAGCCUGGCUCCUCGGCCCAGCCCAAGGUGGAUGUGCGUAUGAUUGACUUUGCACACAGCACGUUCAAAGGCUUUCGCGACGACCCCACUGUGCAUGACGGACCCGACAUGGGUUAUGUAUUCGGGCUGGAAAGCCUCAUCAACAUCAUGGAACAGAUGCGUGAGGAAAACCAGUAGCCCUGGGCUAUGGCCUCUUAUUCUUGUCCUGGUGGCAGGAGCAGACAAGACCACCUACUACCACAGGAAAAAAGCAGACAAUUUUGGUUUUAAACAAUUGUAUUGCUCCAUUGUUUUUAAAUGUACUUGGAUAGAAGAGCUGAGGGGAGGCAGGAUGGAAGAGCUCCUCAUGCUGACCAGAUGGUUCUGACCGCACUAGCUCUGCCUUCUGGAGGAGGCUCUGUAGAUGCCUGCUGGGUGUUGGGUGUCCCGGUUCUUCGCUCGUCGCGUGUGCGUUCUGGAGGGAGGACCUGGAUGCAGGGAAGAGGAAGGAGGAGAGCACGGGGCGCUCUGGGGGGCUGGAGCUGUGGCCUGAGUAGCCUUCUGCUUCAGAAGCCCCCAGGAGAGCCUUCCCUUUGAAAUUCUCCUGAGUUAUUGGGAAAGGGUGCUCGACUAACAGUCGGCAGCUUCUGUGGGGCUGACGGUGAGCAGCACAGGUGCUGGUCUCUGCGUUCGGUGGCACUAGCUCUGCCCUGGGUUUUGCUGAUGGGGCUUUGCUUUUGAUGCUGCCUUUCUCUGCUGUUUGGGCACUGUGACUAACCAACCCAAACACGGAAAUAAAAUGACCAAAUGCAACCCCUGGCAGAACUGCGGCCCAGAGGGAAUGCCGCACACUGGGAGCUGUGCUCAAGCCUGGGAUCUGCUCCUUCCUUGCUAGGGUGGCAUGGUCAGGGCUUGCGUAUGGGCAGGCACGGGGCUCUGCAGGAGUAAUUCUGCCCUGGACCACUGACCAAGCAAGAACUCAGCUCGUGGGCUAGCAAUAGUAUCUGUAGCAGUUAACGUGACCCCAGCUGUGCAGCGGGGCCUUUUGGACCAUUUCAACCCUUCUCGUCAUGUAAUGCUGGUCCUACAGGUUGCACGUGGGCGUGCCGGUGCGAGGCUGCCCUCGUCCCCCGGUGGGGCUCCUGCCCCCCAGCCCCAGCUCUCCCGGCAGGUCCCUGCACGGGGAUGGUGGAAGGGGAGGCCAAGGGUUAGGGCUGAUUCCCCUUCUCCUCCCUGGGGGUCUCCAGGGGGGCAGGUGAGGGGGGGACCUGGCUGAGCAGCGAGUGCUGUCACCGGACUGCUUAGCUCUGCUUCACAGAGUCAGUCUUUCCCAAAAUAAAUGACCAGUUUGUGGAUGAAAGAGCCAGCUGGGCUCCCUCCUGGAGCCAGUGCUUUACCCCUGGCUUCCCUUGAUGAGGGCAUUAAUGUUUGAUACUAUGACCUGGUGGUACCAAACCGUACUCCGCUCUGCAUCACCCUCCUCUGUCUCUCUGCUGGGACCACCCCGGUUCCUCCCUCCCCGGUGUCACUGACUCGUUCCAUGGUGAUACUGUUAUCCCGGCUGCCUGAGAAACUGCCUGGGUACCUGCAGGGCCAGGAUUGGUUUGUUUGGUUCUGUUUUGUUUUGUUUUCUUUUUUACUUCAGGAAAGAUUAUUUGGGGAAUACUCUCCCUGCAUGUAGCAUGUGUGCACAGUCUGCUUGGAAAGUGUUGGUGCUCGGCUGACGGCUGCAGCUGCGGCAGUGGGCGCAGGGCUGUGGCACGGGCAGGGGAAGAGCUGGCUUUGUCCUACAUUGUACCCCGCUGACUGUCCCCCAGCUUGCCCAAGCCACUGCUCAGGACGAGGACCUUCAUUCACGCUACUCUCCCCUGCACUGGGUUACUAUUUCAUUGCCUCUGCCCCCUAGGCGAGGCUCGGGGGGGUUCAGGGAACAGGUUUGCAGGAGGGAGGGAGCUGGAUGAGCAGCUGGAGCAGCAGGUGCCCCGGGUCCCCGGAACAGCCCAGGUACCCUCCCUGCCCUGGCCCUAGUGUGGCCCGUCGCAGCCCACCUUGUGCAUGUCCUUGUCCCCAGCAGGCAGGGCCUAGGGCCGUUCCUCGUGGGGACACCAGCGAUGUCCGGCCGUCCCGCUCCUCGCUGGGCCGGGGGCAAUGGACGGGGCCGCUGCCGCUGCUCUGUCAGAGCCCCGAGCCCCUUCCCUUUGGACCACCGCCGUGGGACUCCACAGCUUGUACAUAGCCUUGCCCCCCCGUUUGUUUUUACAUGAAUAAUCACCCUGUUUGUGCUUCACAGAGAACCAAAAACCAUUAAAGGAUCCGGUUUUGUC